AUGGCCAUAGACAACAUCACCCACCACAUCGUCGCCAUUGAGGCUGUUCAUUGCCCGAUCCCCGAGUUUGAUCUACCAGGGCCGCAUUCUCGCGCUGUCCACCGAUGGACCGAUCCCGCUGAUCUGCCCAGCCGCGUGAAAGAUGCCACAAUCAUUAUAACGACAACAAUACGCCUAUCGGCAGAGACUCUCAGCGCGGAAAUCACCCCAAAACUCCGCCUUGUAGUAAUCAUGGCGACCGGCACAGACUGCGUCGACAUUGCAGCUGCGUCCGCACGAGGAAUCACCGUGUGCAACUGUCCCGGCAGUAACAUUGACAGUGUCAGUGAACACGCCAUUGGACUUUACUUUGCCACACGGCGGAAGUUCAUCGAGCUCCAUAAUGCCACAGUUGCAGUUCCUGCGGACUCGUCUCUUGAUACGGAGUGGAAGACAAAUGGCUCGUUACUUGGUCGGGUUCGUGCGCCUGAUGGAAAGGCCCCGUUGUUGUGUAGUGAUGAGACCGUGUGCAUUGUCGGAUACGGAUCGCUAGGCAAACGCAUCGAGACUAUGACAAAGGGUCUUGGGAUGAACGUGAUUAUUGCUGAGCGGAAGGGUGUAUCUCCUCGAGCGGGUCGGGUUCUGUUCGAAGAUGGAUUGAAAAAGUCGACUGUGGUUGUUUUGUGCUUGCCACGGAGUGCUGAGACGCUCAAUAUGAUCUCGACUGCGGAGUUGCAGAUCAUGUCCCCCCAUGCCGUGCUGGGGGGGAUUGUCGACGAGCAAGCCCUGGUUGAAGCUCUCAAGCGUGGGGCCAUCUCAGGCGCGGCCACAGAUGUUUAUGCCACAGAACCUGCUGGGAGAGGUGAUUCCCCGUUGUUAAGUCCAGAAGCAGCCGGGUUGAAUUUGGUGUUGACACCUCAUCUUGCCUGGUAUUCUGAAAGGACGUUGCAAAACCUGCAGGCUGCGAUGAAGAACACGAUUGAGAAGUGGUGCGUUGGUGAGAUUAUCAAUCAGGUGCGAUGA